GAGCAGCCUUUCUAUGUCAAUGCCAAACAAUAUCAUCGUAUACUGAAAAGAAGAAUUGCCAGAGCAAAAUUGGAGGAGACCUUAAAAGUGGCAAGAGGAAGAAGACCUUAUUUGCAUGAAUCAAGACAUAAACAUGCAAUGAGAAGACCAAGAGGUCAAGGUGGUAGAUUUUUAACAGCUGCUGAAAUUGCA